UUUGAGCUAGUAGAGCACACUAAGCUUAAGUAUGGUAUCCUGGAUAAGGACGUAUACAACUUUGAUAAGGCUGGCUUCAUCUAUACUGGACGUUUAAUCGACAACGCGCACCUGACCCCACACAUUGGCUACAUCGUUCGAAUAAAAUCAAUGCCCAUUCGACUCACAGCGGAUGAGAGGAAGCCAGGCAAGGUGACACAGGAGGAAGGCGCACCAAAGCUCCGAGGUGAUGCCGUUCCGCUGAGCUUCGAGAUACCUGUGAAACUGCUCGCCUUUGCCGGCAUGCGCAUCGUACCUACGUUGACGGAUGCCGUAAUCAUUCUGAUAGGGUGCAAAGUGAUCGCUGAGAGUUAUGUUCCGAUCUUAUUGAUCUGCAGCGCGAUAAAUCACACGCCCCGUAGAGGUAAGCUCAUGUCGUUCCUUUAUUCUUUCAUUGCGGACGCGGGUAACAGGGAUGACUUCGCCCGCCCACAGCGACUAUGUUUCGCGACUCUUUCUUUCCAACAUGGUGGUAGAUCAGCGGGAUGGCCCUCGAUAAGCUGCACGAAAGACUAG